AGCGUAUAUUUUGCAUAUUAUUUCUUUUCUGUUUUAAUGAAUUGCUGUGAAAGUGGCGAGUUUAGAUGUAGUAUUUGGAUGUGUGCGUUGGUUGGUGUGAAUGGCAGACGGCGCACCGUGGCGAGGCGGUACUCGGCUCACAACAGUCAGUGCAGGACGCAAACCGGAGAGGCAUGGCGAAGUUAUUCGAGUUGUCUCUCAUUGUGAAGCACUUGCCUAAGAAUAGUACAGUGGCAGUAGUAAAGAGAAUUGCAGAAUCUAUCCUAGAUGAAGGUGGAUUUGUAAGCAAGAUAGAGAGUUUGGGUGCAAGAGAGCUUCCUUACAGAAUGAGAGCUCAUGGUCAGCUGCAUUCAAAAGGAAGCUAUUUCUUACUUGACUUUGUGGCUCCACCAAUAAAGAUAGCUGACAUUACGGACAACUUCAAGCGAGAUGUUGAUCUAAUAAGACCUGUGGUAUUUAAUAAAGAAGAUCCAUUACCAAUAACCUGUACUCUUCAUCAAGAAAUCAAACCUCCAGCUUACAGAUCUGAAGUUCAAAAGAUGAUUCAAGAAGCAAAACAAAGAGUACCUAUUAGUAAGAGAAAGAGGUUCAAGUUGGUUACUUCUGUUGGUUACAAUCCGUUUUGAAGUAUCAAGGUAUAUAUGCAAUUUAGUUGUCACAUACUCUAAUGUACAAAGCAAUUUUAAUAAAUGUGGUUAAUCCAA